UUGGUAGCGCAUGGCUGAUAGUUGCUCAGAAUCGCGCGCUGUUUCCCCGUUCGAAUUUCGAACAUUAUUCGACAAAAAAGUUUAGUUUUUCUAUAGACGAAAUUGUGCUGUUUAAAUUGUGUUUUUUUUUAUAAAGUGCCAAUGAUAAUUUGUGCAGUGUGAAGUUAAAAAAAGUUUUGAACAUUUUCAACGCAACGGAUGGCGAGCAGUGAAACGACUCACGAAGCGAAAUUUGCAAAUUGUUCCAAAUUCUAACCAACUACGCAAUGUAAUCAAAACAAAAUGGCUAAAACAAAAUCAUUCAUAUACAUCGUAGUUAUAUUCAAUUUUAGCCUCAAUGUAAAUACUACAUUAGUAGAUGAUAAAGUGUUUUAUAAUGAAACGCUUAUCAAAGAUCUAGAUAGUAUUAUAAGUGAUAAAAUAAUCAAUACAGUCAUUAAUGAUAGUAUAAAAAUACGUAAACUAGAAGACGAGAAUGUUAUUAGAAAAAGAGAUGUCAAUGAUACAAAUGUUAAAUCUAAAGAAAUAGAAGAUACAAAUGUUGAUACUAAUUCUAUUGAAGAAUAUGAUUCCACGACGAGUGCGUUUGAUGACACCACGGUUUACUAUGAACCGUAUAAUUACACGGACGAGCCGUGUGUGGGUGAUCCCGAAUACUGCAAUAUGACAAGAGAGGAAUAUUUUCUAAUGCUCAAUGAUUAUAUAUACCCGCAACCGUAUGAAUGGGUGCUGAUAGCGACUCACGCGAUUGUGUUUGUGAUUGGUCUGAUAGGCAAUGCGUUAGUGUGCAUAGCAGUUUACAGAAACCACUCGAUGAGGACGGUGACGAACUAUUUCAUUGUGAAUUUGGCGGUGGCAGACUUCAUGGUGAUCUUGAUCUGCCUGCCUCCGACAGUUCUUUGGGACGUGACGGAGACCUGGUUCUUUGGGACCGCUAUGUGCAGAAUUGUUUUGUACUUCCAGUCAGUAUCAGUGACAGUGUCAGUGCUGACACUGACAUUCAUCUCAGUGGACCGCUGGUACGCCAUCUGCUUCCCGCUCAAAUUCAAAUCCACAACCAGCCGAGCGAAGACCGCCAUCUUGAUUAUAUGGGUGCUGUCACUGUUGUUCAAUAUACCAGAAUUCGUCGUGCUCCAAGUCCAGAGCCGCAUGGAGCUGCGUUUCAAUGCGCACACGCAGUACUUCAUGCAGUGCACGUCGACGUGGUCAAACGAGAGCGACCUUAAGUGGCACAUAAUAAAGGCGCUUUUCCUUUACACAUUCCCUCUCCUCCUGAUGAUGAUAGCCUACUGCCAGAUCGUGAGGGUCCUUUGGAGGUCUGAUAACAUCCCGGGACACACGGAGUCUCAUAAGCUCUGUCCUGGAGGACAGAAUAACUGGUUAGCUGCUAACCGACGCACCACACCGUCGAUCCACACCAACGCGUCGACGGAAGGCCAGCUGCGCUCGCGUCGCAAGGCCGCCAAGAUGCUGGUGGCGGUGGUAGUCAUGUUCGCAGUAUGCUACUUCCCUGUUCAUCUCCUAUCUGUACUUAGGGUGGCAUACGACGUACAGCAAAGCGACAUAAUGACAUGUAUUUCGCUCAUCUCACACGUUAUGUGCUACGCCAACUCAGCGGUCAACCCACUCAUAUACAACUUCAUGAGUGGCAAGUUCAGGCGGGAAUUCCACCGUUCCUAUUUCAAAUGUCUGUGCUGCUGUCUUGGCGCACCUCCCGAACAGAAUGGAACCUCCUUCGCGCCAAUAGGCAGCUCCCGCGCCGGCACUACAAGGACUAUUGUCCGACGCAACGAUUCCUGCGCCAGCUACAGACUCACACACUUAUCGCCAUCUAACCACAACAUACACAGGGACAUCAGGAACACAAACAACACCUCCUUCAUCGAGCACAUGAAUGGCAACCGGCGGCUGAAAGUCCGCGACGAUUCCAUCAGUGAGUCCGCGAGGUUCACACUGUCGACUGAUAUCAGAGAUUGACGGUUAGGUAAAGACUACGGGUACAGACAUGGCAUCUAUGCGAGGCAGUCUAACAGUGAUGACCAGAGACGAGCUCAAUGCGACUGUUUCAAAGACAUUGGACAAAGAAGUAGGACCGACGCUAGUGAUAAUGAAAGGUAUAGUGAUACAUACACAGAUUACCGUGGUGAAAAUGAGUUCACCGAAUUGUAUACCGACGAAAACGGGUAUAAAUUUAAGUUUAAUCGUAGCUUAAAUAACUGUCAGGGGAAAAAUAGGAAAAUUAACACUCUGUUUUAAUGUAAAUACUGGUGUACAUGAUAGUUUAACUGAUAUGAAUGUAGAAAUAUUAGCAAUGUAAGAUAUUGUGUAUGCAGACCAAGAUAGGGAAACAAAGAGUAUCCGAAGCUUAUUUACUUAAAUUUUACUCAGAAACAGGAAUAAAAUUAACCAUUAUUUCACAUUAUGAGAUAAUAAUAAGCUAUAGUACUCGUAAAAUUUUGCUGUAUUAUAACCAUUAAGCAUGAAUAAACUAUAAAUAUUAUACUGCAGUAUUAAUUUCAUUGCCUGUUUAAUAUUAAUGAGUACUUCAUUGACUCCACACAUACGAAUUCUGAUGAAAUAUGUUAAUUUAUUAUAAAACGUACAUUUGAAAUGACAAUGGGUUUUAUAUAACUAUGCUAGCCCAGUACAAAUUAGUGAAAAUCUACAUAUUGCCAAAGGAAUAGAGGAAUGAACGCAUUUUUUU